CGAUUGGCUUUGACGCGCUUCGAUGAUUCACGUACAUUCGUGUUGUACGUAUGUCAAACGAGAUAAGUUUACGUUAAUGAUAAGAGAUUGUCUUACGAUCGUUCUUUGGUCUCAUGCUGGAAAAUGGAGGAAGAAAUGACAAAUCGUCCAAAGUGGCUGUUGGAACUGGAAAAUCGUAAGCGGAAGCCACGUUUAGCGCACGAAGCUGGAGCUGGUGCACCAUGUACAAACUGUAAUUCCGCCUGUCCCGGUCUCGAUCUUCAUUUCUGGCGAAAAAUUUGCAAGAACUGUAAAUGUGGUCGAGACGAUCACGACGUCGAUGACGAUGAAUUUCCACAAUUUGAUUUGCUAUUUGGACCAAGUGGAAAAUUUAAAAAAAAGUCCAUGUGUUUGCAAGUAAAUAAUAAAAAAGCAAACGCUGGUGAAAGUACAUUCGAAUGGGUGCCGCCAGACACGACUAAAGAACUAGCUGUGGAUUACAUGAAAGCUUUGCCCAUGGAAAAAUUGCCGAUCAAGGGAUCCGUUGGUGCUGUUUUGAGAAGGCAAUUGUUGCAGAAACAACUACCGCUUCACGAUAUUGAUUAUAAAGUUUGCGAUCAACUUAGCGAACAAGAGCAGAAACAAUUUGAAAGAUAUUUAGAGAACAUAAAGAAAUAUGUAGGACAAGGCAAAGUGAUGAAGAUGUUGGCUGCCCGCCCAUUCGAUCGUUCGCUCGUGACACCCGUCAAUGCAACCGAUAUGCAAACGUGCAGCCCGCAACAUAAAUCUUGUAUACCUUCCGUGCCUGCUGUUCAGUUACGUACGCCGAGUAGUUUUGCCACGAUGAAAGAUUCGUCGUACGCGAAGCAUCCGUAUGACACUCGAAAUAAACGAGAUGUUGCCGCAGUCACGAAUAACAAUGAGGUACAAUCUAGUACAGAAGAGUACAAUUGUACACUAGACAACGUGUCGUCGCUGUCAGCACGUUGCAGUAGCAAUGUCGCCAGGUCGCAACCGAUCGAAGGGAAAUUGAUAUUGAUUUCUGAAAAUGAAAAAGCUACAAAUGGCAAGAUAAUUAACUCUUCGAUUCUCACGCAUCUCGCUGAACAAGAAAUUGUACCCGCUCGCGAAAAGCAUACUUCUACGAGUUACGCGUCUUACGCUUUCGAGGCUCAUCACGGAGAAACGCCGAACGACGACACGACGACGACCCGUCUGCACCCGUCUGUGCGUGCGUCUCUAUCGCAUCCGGAAGCUGCUAACGGCCGAAAUGACGAAACGGCCUUUAUCCAUGCGGAAUCUAUGUUGGCGGAUGCCCUUCUUCCGCCCAGUGCGAUACACGCCAACGAUAUCGUCGGAAGCACCCUGGACGAGAAAGGAUUGACGUUUAUAAGAGAAAAGCUCGCCGACAAGUACAACAUCGCGGACAAUUCAGGAACGAUGCAGCGUCGUACCUGCAGCGUCUCUAAAUCGUAUCCGCGACCGUUGGAUCGCGCGACCGUUGGAUCGCGCGACCGAAGUCAAGGACGAGUCAAGGAUAAUAAUAAUCCCGCGAGUAUCGACAAGUACGUAGAGACAACGGCGGCUAUUGUGGCGGCUGCUACUGAGAAGCAGCCCGCGGAAAGAGCGGAGAUGAGCCUUUUUCAGCUUCCCUUUUCAGAAGCAGAGAGAAAGACGUGUAAACCUUCGUCUCGAGUAGUCGAAUCGACCGAUGUACUCGCCAGUAUCAAUAAUCCGAAUCAACGAAAGCCAUGCGGUUCGUUAUCGAACGAUGAUCCAUCCAAAGUCACAAUCGAGAGCACGGAUCUAUCGAGCGAUCUCAAUUCCAUAGAUCCCACCACAUUGGUCCCACCACAUUUACCGACGCAAACUCACGAGGAUUCGCAAAAUCCUAUCGACGCUUUUGCGUCCAAUCCGUUACAAAUCGAAUUGAAUAGCUCGAGACUGAAAUCGUCCGUCGUACAUUCCGAACAGUUGCAAAACCAAGCGUUUCCCCACAUCGUUGGAAAUUUUAACGAACAAUGCGACCAACAACAACAACGACGAUACACGCCACUUACAGACUGCUUGAAAGAUGCUAUUGAAAAUUUAAAGAUAGACUCGACAAGAGUACAAAAGUGCGAAAAAUGUCACGAGGAUAUACGUAUCGAUGACGUAAUCGUAAUCGCGGAGAAAGCUAAUAACGCAUCCUGGCAUCCUGGCUGUUUCGUUUGUUCGGUAUGUAACGAAUUGUUGGUGGAUCUUGUGUAUUUUUAUUACAAGAACAAGUUGUACUGCGGAAGGGACUUGGCCGCAUUUCUAGGAAUUCCCCGCUGUUUCGCCUGCGACGAGUUGAUCUUUGUACGGGAAUACACGGUUGCAGAGGGACACGAUUAUCACGUUAAACAUUUUUGUUGCUGGGACUGUGAUAUGCCAUUGGCUGGACAACAAUAUAUUACCGAAAACGAUCGACCAUUGUGUCUUUCUUGUUAUCAAAAAUCAUAUGCAAAAACGUGCGCCGCUUGUAACGUAGUGAUCGCUGCUGAUCAACAAGGAGUAGCUAUCAAAAAUUUAAAUUUUCAUGCGACUCAAGUCUGCUUUUGCUGCUACAGCUGUAAGAAAAAUUUACUCAACGGCAGAAUGGCCAUAAAGAAGGAUAAAUUGUUUUGCAGUAAAGAAUGUAUCGCAACAUUUUUUCAUUAAAUUAAUGUAUAGUACAUAAAAGUCCAGCUCUAUUAUUUUCUUCUUUUUGUAAAAGAAAAAUACAGUUAUGUAAAUCCACUUAAAGACUGUAAGAAACAUCAAGUAUCGAAACAUUAAGUGUGCCAUUAAUUAUUAAUAGAAUUUAUACAAGUUGGAAGUGUAAUCAUUAAAACUUCAAGUAUCAUAAAUGUAAUUUACGUAUACAUAUGUUGUAAUGAUUAAUAACAGAACGCACACACACACGUUUCAUCAUGUAUUAUGUUGUGCUCCGUGCAUACGGGAAGAAAUAUUAGCUGCGUUCCAUUCGGAUGCUCACGCGCUAUAAGCUUCAUUCUAUCUCUUCCUUCCAAAUGUAACGAGCGAUAAAGAUAGAAGAAAGCUUAGAGCGUCCAAAUGGAACGCAACAAGGGUGUAACGAUAUUUCAUACAUAACAAAUACCUAUAUUGAUUUAUCAACACGAUAUGAGAUUGUGAAUCAGUAAAUCAGUUUAUUAAUCAUAAA